AUGGAUUCCUAUUACACAGACAAAGCUGCCACUUUUGAGCAGUCUCGGCAUGAUAGCUCACUCUCAAUGUCACACUCGAUGCGGAGCCUGAACCAGCACGAGCUUAGCCCGGCGGCGGAGAUGGAUAGCAAGAUGCGCAAUCCCCAGCGUCGCCGAGUGCCAGUAGCUUGUGGUCGAUGCCGACGACGAAAGAUCAAAUGCAGUGGAGACUCUGGUGAUGGCCAGGGCUGCUCUAACUGCCGCAGUGCUGGCAACACAGACUGCCAAUUUUUGCGCGUCAACUCCAUGAAGAUGACCCCCAAGACCAACCGCUGGCCCUAUCCUAAUCCCGGAGUGGCGGUCAUGCCAUCUCCUCGACUGGGCAUGUAUACAUCCACCACGGCAGGCAAGCCGACCUUGCUCCCCAUGGACUCUCCCCAGGCCCGUAUGGCUGCAUUCCAACAAGCAUCCGACUACGACCUUGGCACCACCGACGGGUCAGUCUUCCCCGAGCGCGCAGCGGUGACCGUAGUGUCCAUGCCUUACGAGGACGGUCAGUCAUCAAGCUACAGCCAGUCGCCAGCGUACAUGCACCCUAACACCCCAGCUGGAACUCUUUUUGAUUAUGGAGGGUCCUCGUGGAGUCCUAAAACCUGGGACUCCGUGCUGGGCGCAAGCAGGCCCAGCAACGGGUCGAUCUACCCUGACCCCGAGGCAAACAACGCCAUAGCUCAAUCCCCUUUCUCCUACAUGCUUCCAAGCCAGGGCCUCGCAUCUACAGAAGGCCCACAGUCGACAACAGUCGCAAUGGCGAAUAUCUCAUCUGCCGAUCUGCCAGGCCCGGACCGAACACUUCCAACCCCAACCUGUCGCAGUCAACAGCUUCCUAGUGCAUUAGCAGGACUAGUCUUCUCUCAGACAGAAAGUCCAUGCAGCCUGUCCGUUCCAAUCGAAGCUAGACCAGCAUUUUGGAAUCCACGCUGUGGACCGCCUCACGAUUCUCGCAGCCCAGCUCAUUCCAUUCCCAGCACCAUCCUCUUCAGCAACAGCCCUCCCCCAACAACAAGAUGUCCAACAACUUCAAACCAGGACAUACUCUUCUCAGGCUUACCUAUGCUUACCACAACCGAAGAACUCGUCUCGUCAACCCUCUCCACAACAACGGCACCACCCACAACAACCGCCACACCUACCUCUUACGCUAUGGAAGCACUCGACCACACAACCGCAACCCGCCCACUCCCAUCAAACACUCCCACGGCCCAAGCCCACGCAUCAACAUCCACAGACCGUUCUUUAACUCGUGGCAUCUACGGCCACGACCGAACAUCUACCGCCCAGCGCCUCGUCGAGCUAACGACCGACUGCACCCCAGAUAUCUACAGCUAUUCUAGUCGUGAGAAGAGCAAGCGCGCCGGCGAUGGUCGCAAUGCCGGUGCAAGUACAUUGAUGAAUGGGGGAUUGGAGUAUACUCCCGUUCGCCACGCGCAUACUUCGAACCCGACGUUUUCUUUUGGCAUGCUUCAUGAUGAAUUGCCGGAGUAUCAUCGGCCGGUUGUGGAAGGGGUGCACCGGGCGCCUAUUUCCCCGUUGGUGAAUCAGAGUGGCUAUUGA